AUGAGUUCCAACGACAACGUCAUCAUUCCAGGACCGUCUUUCCAAAUCAAUCUCCCUAGGCUCGAUGCUUGCCAUCCGGUCCGUUACAGCCGCCGUCUGCUUUUCUUCCGUUGCACCUCAUCCGCAGAGCAUGAUGCACAACUUGCCGCCUUCAAGACCGGCUUACAAAGACUGGUCUUUCGGUGUCCUAUACUUGGCGGCUCAAUUGGCCCGCUGCCUGCCGAGGAAGCCAGCGAUGAAAACCCAGAUUGGCGAACGAUUGCGCCUGACCGUGGCCUCGAGUUGAUUAUACGAGAUUUGCGAACAAAAAUACCGAGUUUCGAGAAGUUUGAGGCUGCCGGAUUUCCUCCUCUAGAUCUUCCGUAUGAGCUGCUCGCGCCUGUUCCUCAGGAUAUCGGUAACGUGGGACCUGCAUGUAAGGUGCAGUUUAGUGCAAUCGACGGUGGUACCAUUGUCACAUUCUCGAUGUCACAUUGCGUUGCCGAUGGCGCAGGGGCAAAUGAGCUGAUGCGCAUACUAAGCGAGGAGACACGACUCGCACAAGAGCAUGCAACUGCGGACGCAACGAACGAGGACCCGUCAAUCCCUGUGGCUACAGGAAUAGGAAUAGACCGAUCUGUUUUGCGCGAAAUAACCAGCGAGUUGCCGUUCGAUAUCCAAGACCAUCCGGGAUAUACGUCGGGUUCCUCGGACCCGUCUUCGCCAGAGAAAUCGGUGCUUGGAUUCACGGCUACAGGAUCGGAAAUCCCAGUGCUCCUCCACAUCUCCCCAUCUGCCCUGGGACGGCUCAAGGAAGAAGCACAGCUGCCAGACGCACCGUCAAUCUCAACUCACGAUGCGCUGAGCGCUCUCAUGUGGCGAAGUGUCCUUCUCAUCCGCAGUCUCCGGUCUACCAUUCCGCAGGACUUAUCCUCUUUAACCGGGAGCGUUUUUAUGCCUUCGAAUGCACGUCGGCACCUCGGCUUACCGCCAUCAUACGUCGGUAAUGCCGUCUAUCAGCUUGCUGCAUCGCUCGAUCUUGCCACCCUCUUCUCGCCUUCUGGUCUUGGCCACGCUGCAAGUGCUGUCCGCCGUGCCAUAAAUGCUGUGAGACCAGCUCUGGUAGCUAGUCUUAUUGCUAAGUCCAAAGACAUGUGGAUCGAUUGGGCCUUUCCAGGCACCAUGUUAACAACUGGGGUGGCUAUGGGCACGGAUUGGAGGAACGAUGAACUGUAUGGUCACGACUGGGGAACGGCGUUUGGGCCUUUGAUGAGAUAUAGGUAUCCGAAUGGGGCUUUCAACUGCAUCAUGCCCAAAUUACCGGAUGGCGCAGCCGAAGUGAUGGUGGGCAUUCUGCCAGAGGAGGUUGAAGUGUUGAAAGGCCCUGAGUGCUUUGGGAAGUACAUCUAG